UCUGGUAGCAUUUAUACAGGUAUGAAGUUUGAUUUAUGCACUGUGCACUGUAUCAGUUUCCCUGUAUAAACAGCUCCCUUAGUUGUGAUUACGUCUCUAGUGAGUGAGAGACAAAAAUGUAUCAGAAACAGUACUUAAUGUAUUUAGAAAAUAUGUUCCUGUAAAAACAAUAAGAUUGUGUGUCUGUAAAUUACUGCAGAGGGGAGGUUUGCUGUAGUUAUGACAACAACAUUUAAAAACGGGAAAAACUGAAACAUAUUUGUUUGUGUCCUUGUUCCUGGUGGGUGGGAUGAUUAAGACUUUAUAAAGCGCUCCGUCUCUCAGCGUAGCCUACCAGGUUACUGCCCAUCCUGCCACUCACCUGCCGAUCCAAGAUGAAGCUGAUCCUGACUCUCUGCAUUACCUGGGCUCUUCUCCUCACAGGGGAGUCACUGCAGUGUCUCACCUGUACUGAUGCAACAUGCACAAAUCCGCCAGUCACCUGCCCAUCAAACUCUUCUGUUUGUCAGUCUUCAACCAUUCAGUCUUCAAUCGUGAAAGACCCAUCUGUAAGUAAGUCCUGUGUAGAGGCAUCCAACUGCAUGACACCUCUGAACGUCACGACAACACAACUGUCCGUGAACCUGGGCUUCGCAAACUUUCGUCAAACUCAGCUCUGCUGUGACCAAGACAGCUGCAACAACCAGACUCUACCCGUUCCCAGUUCCAAUGGCCGAAAGUGUUCUUCCUGCAUCAGUGUGUUAGACAAGGUGUGUAACACCCCUGUGGACUGUGUGGGAGUGGAGGAUAACUGCAUUCAUGUCAAUGUGACUGGUGCAAUCAACACUGUCCUGAAGGGCUGUGCAUCCUCAAGUCUGUGCAACGUGUCUGUCAUAACCUCCUUCCUGCCACCUGUCUUAUCUUCUGUCCUGUCUUCUGACGUAAUAUCAGCUUUAGGCUUUAAUGUAUCUUGUAACACAGCGCCCUCUACUGGUCCAGUAAAUAGCACAGCCCCCUCUACUGGUCAAGGAACUAACACAGCUCCCUCUACUGGUCCAGUGAGUGUAGUCCUAAUGGCAAUGUGGCUUCCUAUGAUGGUCAAACUUACCUUCUAAAAAUCACAAACACACCAUCUUUAACAUGCAGAACAAAAACGUUUUGUGAGAUGGUUGUCAGAAGAUGCUGUUAUAAGCAUGACAUUAUGUUUUACAUUUGGCUUUUAUACAAAGAAACAGAUUUCGAAAAAAUGUCUACAAAUGUAUUUUCAAUUGUCUUGUGCUGCCACAAGUAAUGAAGGGAAAUAUGGUUAUCGCUGUAUCUGUAUUUUGUUAAUCUAAUCUAUCCUUAAAAAAUAUAUGAUCUCUUACAUAAAAUAACCUAUUUGAGGUCUAAUCUUGAAGUCACUAAUAGUGACUUCAUAUAAUAGUUGUCGGUAAUAUUUAAUGUGUAUAAAAAGUAGAGGGUUGGUCUUACUACAGCGGCUUCAAAUCUAAACUGAGCACCUGAGCAUUACUCCAUGAAGGUGAACGUUCAGGCCGACGGUUGGGAUGUGUCAGGAAAAUGUGUCGUAUUUUUCCGUUCUUUCAGUAUCUUGAUUGCUUAUAAAGUCUCACUAGAUGGAAAGAACUGUUAAUAAAUAAAUAAAAUGAUAAGCUUGAUUUAAAUAUUUAGUAAUAAUGGAUGUGUGUGCAUAGCAUGAAGUUUGAUUGAUGUACUGCGCACCAUUACCAAUGUCCCUGGAUAAACAGCUCCCUUAGUUGUAAUUCCGUAUGUAAUAAGUGUGAGACAAGACACAAAUGGGGAGUCAGGUGGCUGAGCGGUAAGGGAAUCAGGCUAGUAAUCUAAAG